AUGUCUGGUGCCCCGCAGGAGGCACGCGCCCGCGGAGGCCUGAACAAGGUGCGGCGUGUUCGUCGCGCGCUCUACGUGGCGAGAGUGGGAGCGGCACGGGCCCCGGCGCCCCUGGCCACAGACGCGGUCGUAGCCGACGACGCGUCGUGGCUCGACUUGAACGUCAGUGCGUCCCAGUCCAUGUGCAUGGCAACGUUGGGUCAGCCGCCGAUGUCCUUAGGCGAGUGCGCUGACGAGAGGGACCAGUGCUGUGACCCGCUCUACCAGUCCACCCACGCCUCGAUGCGCGUUGGCUUUUGGGAGGGCACGGACAGGCUCAAGGACGCGGUCCCCGUGGAGCUCUUCGAGUCUUCUGAGAAG